AAAGGGAACUAGUUACUCGGAGAUCUGCUGAAAAGGAGCUCGGUCUCUGACGUUUCUCCUUUCUGAUUUGCGCAAGCUCCCCGGGGCAGCGGGCGUAGUUUGUCUUCGCUCGGCCACCGUCCCCGCGCCGGGACGGGGUAUUUUGUCCGCCUGCCGCCGCCGUCCGAGCUGUUAGUCACCGAGUUCCAGGCCGCGGGAGCGUGGGGUGUGCGGGAGCCGGCUGGCGUUGCCGGCACCAUGGAGUCGCCUCUUAGCCCGGGCCUUUCUCACCGAGCGAACGAGGAUUGGGAUUCUGCUCUGUUUGCUGAAUUUGGCUAUUUCACAGACACUGAUGGCCUGCAGUUGGACACGACAAAGGAAACUUACGAAAAUAAUUUUGAUACUCUUGAUUUUGACUUGGAUUUGAUGCCUUGGGAGACAGGCAUUUUGGACAUCAACAACCAGUUCUGUACAGGCAUUAAGGCAGAGCCUCAGCCACUUUCUCCAGCCUCUUCGAGUUGUUCAGUCUCCUCUCCUCAGUCCGUGGACUCUUGUUCUUCAACCCAGCACGUUCCUGAGGAGUUGGAUUUGUCUUCUGCUUCCCAGAUGUCUCCCCUUUCCUUGUACGGUGAAAGCUCUCAUAGUCCCUCCUCAGCAGAGCCACUGAAAGAAGAUAAGCCCAUCAUUGGCCCUAGGAGCAGAGUUGCAAAUGGAAUGACUCCAAAGAAAAAAAUUCAGAUGACUUCAAAACCUUCAAUUCAGCCCAAGCCUUUAAUACUUCCAGCAGCACCCAAGACUCAGACAAACUCCAGCGUUCCAGCAAAAACCAUCAUAAUUCAGACACUGCCAACACUGAUGCCAUUGGCAAAACAGCAACCAAUUAUCAGCAUACAUCCUGCACCCGCUAAAGGUCCAACAGUAGUGCUCUCUUCGCCUGCCGUGGUCCAGCUUCAGGCACCUGGAGUCCUGCCCUCUCCUGCCCCGGUCCUUGCUGUCACCGGGGGAGCCACGCAACUACCUAAUCCCAUGGUGAAUGUGGUGCCGGCCCCUGUGGCCAACAGCCUGGCGAAUGGAAAACUCUCUGUGACUAAACCUGUCCUACAAAACACCGUGAGAAGUGUGGGCUCGGAUAUUGCUGUACUAAGGAGACAGCAACGUAUGAUAAAAAAUCGAGAGUCCGCGUGUCAGUCCCGCAAGAAGAAGAAAGAAUAUAUGCUUGGCUUGGAGGCCAGGUUAAAGGCCGCGCUCUCGGAGAAUGAGAAGCUCAAGAAGGAAAACGGGUCACUGAAGAGGCAGCUGGACGAAGUGGUGUCCGAGAACCAGAGGCUUAAAGUUCCUAAUCCGAAACGAAGAGCUAUCUGUGUGAUGGUGGUGUUGGCGUUUAUAGUGCUCAACUAUGGACCCAUGAACAUGUUGGAACAGGAUUCCAGGAGAAAGAAUCCUAGUGUGAACCCUGCAAAUCAGAGGAGGCAUCUUCUAGAAUUUUCUGCUAAAGAGGUGCAAGACACAUCAGAUGGUAUCAUCCAGAAAAACAGCUACAGAUACGAUCAUUCUGUUUCGAAUGACAAGGCCCUGAUGGUGCUCAGCGAAGAGCCACUCCUCUAUAUCCCUCCCCCUCCUUGUCAGCCCCUGAUUAACACCACAGAAUCUCUCAGGUUAAAUCAUGAGCUUCGAGGAUGGGUUCACAGGCAUGAAGUAGAAAGGACCAAGUCCAGAAGAAUGACGAAUAAUCAACAGAAAACCCGUAUUCUUCAGGGUGCUCUGGAACAGGGCUCAAAUUCUCAGCUCAUGGCUGUCCAAUACACAGAAACCACUAGGAUCAGCAGGAACUCAGGGAGUGAGCUGCAAGUGUAUUAUGCGUCACCCAGAAGUUAUCAAGACUUCUUUGAAGCCAUCCGCAGAAGGGGAGAUACGUUCUAUGUUGUGUCAUUUCGAAGGGAUCACCUGCUGUUACCAGCUACCACCCAUAACAAGACCACAAGACCAAAGAUGUCAAUUGUAUUACCAGCAAUAAACAUAAAUGACAGAAACUGUUACGAGAUCAUCUGGCACAGAAUCCACGCUAGUUCUGUGAACGAUGGCAGGUAACCGGGAGCUUGGCUAGACACGUCCGCGAAAGCAGUCCCUGCCCCGAGUCCACCCCGGGUCCGCUGAGCCCUCAGCCACUUGCUUCUGUGAGCACAUUUCCUGUGCCUCCCACCCAGGUAUUUCCAGAAGAUGCUACCGGGUGCCUGCCUUCAAACCUACAGCCUUUCUCGUCCAGGAGUAAAUGCUGGGAAGAACCUCCCGCCUUUUCCCCCUGGUGCUAACGCUUCUGUGAGGCAACUGCGGGUCCUCUAAAAAGAUGUUUUGGCUCUAUCAGUGACACCUAUUAGCUGUUCGUGAGAGAGCAUGAGAAAUUCUCUGGAGUUCAAAACACCAAAAUGACAUCCUUGGUAAAAAAUCUCUUUAUGAUUUGAGUAUCAUGGUUAAGAGCAAGAAUCUCUGGGACUUUGGCCUCGAAGCUGUUCUCAGAGCGCGUUGUAUACAUUCCACGAGGGCCUUGGGGGACGGAGCAGGCUUAGGUUGGAGUUUCCAGCCCGCUUUGUCAUCGUCACAGCUGAGCGGAGUGCUGGAAUGUGACAUUUCGUCAGUUGUGCCCAUUCCUCAUCCAGUAUUUAUCAUUUUCCCGUGUGGCAGCUCUUGUGUUAAAAAAACAAACACCUGCUUUGAUUUUGCGAGGUUAGUUUGUAAAACACACGAGAGGAAGAAACUCCUCUCUGCUGGACUUCACCCCCGGGUUUCACCCCUCACUCUCUGCUCCUACUUGUUCCUCAGCAAGUCGGAUGGCAUUUACUGAGCGGAGCAUUUUAUGGUUAAUUCACCUUUAAACUUUCCAAAAUGCCAUCUGGCUUCGUGCCUGCAGAGCCACAGUACCAGGACUUACUCAGGAGCCUUGUAAACACGACUGCUGCUCUUUUCCAAAAGAAUGGAAGCCACAGAGAGACAGAAAGAGAGAGAGCGAGCUAGAGAGAGAAUGGCUUCCUUGCUGAAAAGAAAAGUUACUUUUUAUGGCUCGGAGAGUAGUCGUGUAACUACAGCAAGCGAUGGCUUGUCUGUGUCUCACUUUAUAAUAAUUCAAAAUCAUGAUAAAUUCUUGGAGAAGGUGCAUUUGUUCUAAGAUCCCUAAGUCGUGCUGCUUGCAGACGUAUGUGGUACUGGUGUCAGAAUCCACUGAACGGAAAAAUCCCUCAAUGUGUAGAGUAAUAUGUUCCAAACGACUCUGUGUUAUGAAGUCAAAAACACUCCACAGUCGUUAAGCUGUUUCUUUUGAGUAUCUGAACAAGGGUAACGGCCCGUACCUUCCUCACUCCGUCGGUUGGGGACUUGAGUUCAUAGCAGAGCAGAGCCUUAAUUGAUCUUGGUGGUGACCUUCCUAGCUCUUCAGGCACAUAUCCUCCUCCUCCUGUAGAUAAUGUAGAGAUCCUUCCUCGCUUGUUAGGCAGCUUCUCUAGAUUGGUGUCUCGCCCUAGCAAAAGGGAGCGUCCUUCCUUCCAUCUUUUCCAGAAUAUUUUCUCAUUAGUCCAUCUGCAGGAGCAAAGCGGACAUUGAAAAUGCCCAGGUGAGCGUCAGCCACCUGUCAGGCACUCAUCAGUCACUUCUCUUCUGUGAUCGUAUUUCUGUGGGGCUCGAACCCAUGAACCGUGAGAUCGUGACCUGAGCCAAAGUCGGACACUUAACCGACUGAGCCACCCAGACGCCCUAUGAUUUCUUAAAAUCCUACUUGUUAUCAAAGACCUAUGUCUAAAAAACAAUUCUUUUCUAUUCUUUGAAAUAAUAAAAUCUUAAAUGACUCAACAUCCAGGUUUCAGCUAAGAGCGAGAUUGAAUCAGCAGCCUCAGAUUCUCCACAUCUAUUUAGCCUUACCUAUUGUUAACCAAACUUGCCUGUGAGCCGGGCUGCAUGUUGCAAAACUUAGAGCAAUAAAACUAUUUAUAAAUCCAAA